GUGCAAAAACGGUGAGAGCACGGUUUGGAUUAUGGCAUUUGCCACAUUUUCCCGUAGGAAACGGGAGUCCCAAGGAUGGGAAUGCUCCAGAGUGACUUUUUAAAGAUUUUAGUAUUAUUUGGGUAAACUUUCUAUUGGAGACAAAUCGUUGAAAAUGUGGCACGAAGCGAGAAGGCAAGAAAAGAAAUUGCGCGGAAUGAUGGUAGAUUACCGCAAAAGGGCAGAGCGAAGAAGAGCUUUCUACGAAAGGAUGGUUGGAUUACACCUUCAUGUUUAUGAUUUUACUUUAUAACAAGAUUCUAAGGCAAUGAACACGAGGUUUCGGACAACCAGACGGGGCGAGAUUGAUUCCGAAAACCCUUUUGAUUUUGAAUUCGUAUCCCACCUCCGCCAUACCCCAACCUGCAGGAUGUACCCUAUAGUAUCAUGAAGGGAUUAAUUAGCUUGUAACUUCUCCCCAUGAAUUCGAUUCAUUACCAGCAUAUAGGCGAUGAGAGCAGACAAACCUAUCAGCCAAAAGGUGCUAUUUAGAUUUAACACCAAAUUCCCUCAUCUUACAACAAUUAAGAUAAAGAAGGAGGGAUUUUCAAACAAAUCUUGGAAGUGAAAGCGGGCUUCGAGACGCAUGAAAGGAUUUAAAAUUCUGAAAUGUUUGUCAUUGUUCUUAGCUUGUUAUUCCUAUCAUUUGUCUGGCGCUCCCACUGGGCUGAAUUUCUUUUACACAUAGGUUCAAGUGAGAAAACUUGUGAGUUCCAAAAAAUAAUGUACUCUAGUUGUUUGGAGGGAAUACAUACAAAAGCUGGCAGCCAGCAAAGGUUCCCCCCUCAUUUGCAGGGCUUCAUUGGCUUAUAACCCAGAUGGGGUAGAGAAGACAGUUUACUACAGAUCCUCUCAGAACUAUAAACAAAAUCCAGCUGGAUGAUUACUUAGCAAUAGUGUCAAUUUUUCUCUCUUUAUUAUAUUUAUUCAGAAACAAGAUCCUACUCAGUUCCUGAGAGUAUAUGGACAAAAAUAUAAAAUCCAUAUUGAUCCACAGUUGUCAUCAGCAGGAGAUGGGAAAACUGUAAUGUGAGAAUGAAUGAUUAUUAAAUUGCUUGUGAAUACAGACUUUUUUGGUGGCAGAGAAGCCAUAAGCAACAACCAGAAAUAAAAGUGCAUUAAUGGACUAUGAUUAAAAGACUCAUGAGAAUUGUGAAUCGAAUAAAGUAGAAAGCUACAACUGAUGAGAAAGUUAACACAGACAAAUUUUAUUUUGGUCACAUAUAAGCUUGUAAUGGGUAGGCAAGCCAAGACUCCCGAAAAAUGGCUUAUGCAUGUAUGCUGAUCAUCAGCUCUUCGUAUUUUGCACUUAACCCUUUAACUCCCAAGAUCUCAUCAGUAAUUCUCCUUACUGUCUGUCAUACAAUUCAUAUGAUGUUAGCUUUGAGAAUUUGGAAUUGAAUCAACCAAUAAUCACCUAACUGAUAUUUUUCUUUAUUCUCAUUACUUGUCUGCUUGACAUCGUACUGAUAGUGUAAGGAGAAAUUCUGUCUUGGUCACUAACGGGACUUAAAGGGUUAAGGAAUUUAUUACUACAUUUUGAUUAAGGAAAUUAUGUUUUUAUUUUUAAUUUUUUUUCUUUCUCCAGGAUGCCGUGGCAAGGUGACUCAAAUAACAUGAUUGACAGGUAUUGCAUUACUUAACCCUUUACACCCUAGCAUCAGUAUGCAUAUUCUCCUCACAUUUCCUAUGUUACUGACAAGGAUAAUUUUUUUGAUAAUUAGGAGCUUCCUAAAUUGGAGAUAUUUUCCUUUAUUCUCUCAACAUUUAUAUUUGAGUUAAAGGUGAAACCAUGAGGAGAAUUUAGAAGCUAGUCACUCUCACGAGUUAAAUGGUUUAAAGAUAAAAUUUCCAAAAGAAAUGUGAUGCUAUAAUAUGAAGUGUGAAAGAGGACUUCAGUUAACCUUUCUACUCACAUGAACAACCAAUAUGGCAUAACAGAAAUUCUCUUUACAGUAUCAAUACAACAUCAAGCAGACAAAUAAUGCAAAUAGAGAACAAUAUCAAUAAGGGGAUUAUUAGUUGAUCCAAUAACAAAUUCUUCAAACUCACAUCAAAAUAAUUGUCUGGCAAACAGUAGGGUGAAUUAGUAAUGAGAUCUUAUCAAAGGAAAGGGUUAACAGUGAUAUAUUUUAAGUGAAAUAUUAAAAUGUCAAGUCUGUGUAUUGUAAAUGAUGAAUUCUAAGUAAUGUAUUGUAAGUUGAUAGUUUACAUAUGCUAAACAUUUUACAUCUAUGUCAGUAGAAUAAUUAAAAUUUGCAUCAUCAGUGUCUUAAGUCAAUUUAAUAGUGUAUGCUGAAUAAUUUAGUUGUUAAAUGAGCAAAAAAUUGAUGUAGAAGUGAAAAGUGUUGGUUUUUCGUUUUCAGGUUUGAUGUUCGAGCCCACCUUGAUAUUAUCCCAGAACAACCAUCAUCAAGUUCUAUUGGGUAGGUGCACAAAUUAUGGACAGAAAUGAGAUCUGUGUCAACCAAGAAAAAAAAAUUUAUGAUGUGAAUGCCUUUACACCUCUAAGUCCCAGUUGUGACCAAGACAGAAUUUCUCCUUACACUAUCAGUACAAUAUCAAGCAGACAAGUAAUGAGAAUAAAGAAAAAUAUCAAUUAUUGAUGUAACCAAUUCCAAAUUCUCCAAACUAGCAUCAAAUGAAUUGUAAGGCAGAAAGGGAGGAGAAUAACUGAUGAGAUCUUGGCAGAUACUGGCUCCUUCACUUCUAUUCUUUGGCAGUCUUGUUUCAAAACUUAAAAAUUCAUGCUGACACUGAAAAAGGAAAUCAAAAGCCAAGCGAAGAAAGUUCAGCCUUGAAAGAAAGUUUUGUUUGUUCUUUUCCUAUUUUCCAUUUGUUCUCUCAGGAUGUUACCAGUAUGCCUUCUCUCAAAAUUCUAGACCUUGUUCUCUUGACUUGCGUCUAAAUACAUUGACUGAAGUCUAUUGGAUCAGUUGCAAAUGUGACAAUACUGAAAAGAUUGCACACAAUUGUUUUUCUUAGAGCCUUGAUGGAGACCGAUCCAGAGGAAAACAGAUUAAAUUAUGAAAGAUACAGAACAUUGGUAAUGAUAGAUUACAGUGGAGGUCAGUAAGUCAGUUAUCACCCUGCAAGAAAGAAUGCACAGCCCAGUGACCAAGAGUGUACAAAAUAGGAAGCUUGUGGUGAAUUUUUCGAUAUUUCAUUUUCUUUUUAGCCUCAGAGGAGUCUUAUCUUCGGCAGUUGGAAAUAGAAGAAAUGUAUGGAGCCAAGAAAGCAGAUGAGAAAAAAGACAAAGAAAAGUAAGCAACACAGCUUAAAAUCUGAAGAGGAGUGGAGUUCUGUUUAAAGUAAUCUGUAUUUAUAUUAGAGAUCUUAAGGAAACUGUGACAGCGACUGCAACAAGAACAUAGUGAAACAAAAGAUCUAGGGGCAGAAUGAUAGCAUAGCACAAGCAUAUGUAUAUACAUAUGGAAGCCUUCCUCUGCAAAAUAACAUUGUGAAAUCACCAAAAUUUGCAUGUUCGGAGAAUGGAAAAUUAUUUAGGUUUUCAUUUGGAACUCAUCAUUGUUGACAUAAAUUAUACUUUAAGUUGAGGUGUAGUGUGAUAAAAGACAGUAAACACAUCCUGCUAUUUGUUCUAAAUUUCUAAACUCAUUUUUAAUUGACCCCUUCUUUGGCGUUGCUGUCCUUACUGUUUAACCCUUUAACCCCCAAGACUGAUUAGCAUCUAAUUUCUCCUUCCAAUAUCACCACCGAAUCACACAUUAAUGUCAUGAGAAUAAAAGAAAUGAUCACCAACUAAAGAAGCUCUUGAUUGUUAGACAAAUUCUCCUUGUCAGCUCCUUAGUAAAUGUACAGAGAACAGUAGGGAGAAUAUGAAUAUUGUUGAAAGUAGUGCAUGGAGAAAAUGUAAUUAAUUUACUUCUACUUAUUUCUCCAAGCUGUAACCUUUUUUGUGGCCAUGACAAGAAAAAAAAAUUUACCAGACACCUUAAAGUUUCACCAAAUUUUUUUGGGGUAUGAAGAAACAUGAAAGUUUGAAUGCUGUGUAAUAUUUCACUGUCAGUUAUCUUAGAGAAUAACUCCAUUUCUUGAUGAUGGUACAGGAGUCAAGCUAAGGCUACCAUUGGCUUUACAUAUGACAACAGCAAAAGUGUCGGCGAUUCAGACAAGGACGAUGAUGAUGAUAAUGAUGAUGACAGUGACAGUGAUAGUGACAGUAUCCUUAGUGAUAUAGGUAAGGCAUAUCAUAAGCACCUAAUAUGAUAACACUGAUAAUUUCAAACCUUGGUUAUCUGAAACUUGAUUAUCCAUAAUUUUUGAUUAUCUAGACUCGGUCCCAUAUUUUAAAGAUAUUUGUUAUUGAACAUGUGGGGACACAAACUACAUCUUUUCUCCCAACAAAUCAUGGGGUUAGGGUUGGGGUUAGGGUUAGGGUGCUGCUUAUCGGUGAGAAAAUCUGGAAAACAUGCUGAAAAUUUGUAUUAGAAAAUACUAUAAAUUAUAAAGUCUGUAUAGCAAACUGUUAAGAACUUCACAAAACUGUACCAGGAUAGAAAUUAAUCAUUGUUGUUGCCAAGUCUGCUGGGGUGCCCCUAAAUGAGCCAUUUUUGUUCAUAAGCAUAAGCUUCUAUUUUUUGCUGUGGAAUAGUGUUAAGCCUUCUUUGUUAUGAGGCCUUUCAACUUGCAUAGAGUCACUUAAACUACCUUGAUGAGCUAAUGUUACACGCCAAGGAACCUUGGUUUAAUUGUUUGUAAAUACUUUUUGAAAAUGGUAAAAUUUUAUGCACAGUGAUAUAUGGAAUUCAUAAUUCCAGUGAAUUAUGGAAUGUUUCUUUAGUUGGAGAGAGAAACACUUGAGAACUUGGGAAGAAACCAUGCUGUAAGGGAAAGAACCAAUAGAAAAUUGACAUCUAUAGAUGCCAGAUUUGAGAAUCGACCCAUGGCCACAGAUGGUAGCAGAUAAGCAUUCCCAAUGCCCAAAGCCUGAUUGCCAUUCCCUGUGUCAUUUUUAUUUUGUAGAUGUUACAGUAGAUGUGGAUGAAAUUGAUACAAAUCAGGUAAAUUCUAGCAAACUAAUUUAUUGCACUUCUAUCAACAACAUAAAAAUAUUUUUAAAAAAGCUAGUCAACUCACAGAUUUGAACAGCUUAUGUAGGUCAGUUAAUGUAAAUGUGUCGAUUCAUUUGAAUGGGCUUAUUUCUUUUAAACGAUUUGUAAUGGGGAGCUGCAUGUAGCAACAGUUAUUGAAAUACAGUAAAUGGUUUGAACCCGGGGUAAAAUGCGAUGGUGUAGUCUGAUCGUCAGGGUUAGUGUAUUCCUGAGAAGGACUGUUGUCUGUAGUGGCGACUGACGUUUUUACAACCUGAGCGGAAAUCAUCAUCAGAGUCAAGUGAAUAGUUGUCAGUCAAAUGUUCUUAGUCCGGUUUGUUUAAACUGAUUGGUUAUUAGAUAGAAAUAAGAGAUAUGGUAAGUUUUGAGCUCGAUAACCUGAAGAAAUAGAGAAAGAUGUUUUUUUCGUCUUGUCACUAGCGUGGGACAAAGAAAAAAUUCUUAGUCCCCAUGAGGAAUCGAACCUCAGACCUUCGGAUUCCGCGCUCCGAUGCUCUAACCACUGAUCCAUAUAGACUCCACGUAGAGCGAGGUCUAUUACGAAGUUCAUAUGACACGCGUCCUGCAUACUGCUAGGAUAAGCAAUGUGUCGUUUGCAUGGUACCGGUAGUAGCUGAGACACUACCGGCACCAUACAAACGACUUCGCCCAGGUUGUCGAAACGUCAGUCGCCACUACCGAUAGGACUACACCCCCCUGGACGAUCAGACUACACUCUAACGGUUGUUGAAUUAAUAAAGUGGGUAAGUUUCUAAAGAAAUUGCGGUGUCGCGUCGGUGGAAGAGUGAAACAGGGUAAUUUAGUAUUAUCAACUGAGUUGAUAACGUAUAUUGGCCACCGUAAAGAGUUUAAAAGCUGAAGUUUCGAGCGUGAGCCCUUAGUCAGAGCGAAUGGAGGAAUCGUAGAAAAAAUGAAGCCACGCUAUUGGUGGGAACACGGUGACGCGAUAACAAGAAUAAAUUAGUUGAAUGAAAAACCUGAAGAAAUGUUUGCCUUUGGUCUAUCUGUAGAGAGAAACCUUAGACUCUCGCGGACUCCAUUACGGCAUGGCAUCAGCACAAUUCUGCAGGUUUGUCAACUUUAUAAGUAGCUUGAAUACUAGUUAUAAGGUUGCCUUUUAUGGUAGUGGUAUCUGCCGCGGGUAACUCGAAUAAUAGGUCUGUAAGUAAGUCCAAAGCAUGUUACAAUUCAAACACAAGCCAGUUAGUGGAUGACUGGUUUAGUCGCCCAAAAGUUAUCUUCCCCGAAGUCAUGACGUCCUAUACCAGAGUCAUGUCGUCCCAUACCAGAGUCAUGUCGUCCCAUACUAGAGUCAUGUCGCAUGAAAUCCUCAGUCAUGUUGUCCUACGAAACAGUAGACUUAUUAUGCUCUGCAGGGUUGUUCUGACCUUAAACCCUUUGAUCUUUAAGAGUGACCAGCGUCUAAUUUCUCCCUACAAUAUCAACCCUGAAUCACACAUUAAGGUCAUGAGAAUAAAGGAAAUGAUCACCAACUAAAGAAGCUUUUGAUUGUUAAACAAAUUCUCCUCGUCAGCGCGUUGGAAAAUGUAUAGAGAACAGUAUGGAGAAUACGCAUACUGAUGUUAGGGUGUAAAGGGUUAAGUCUGCACCUGAAAACCUUGUGUUUGACUAUUCAAAUGAUAGCUACUGAGCGUGGUGCUGUUUACUAUACAGUCGGUACAGCGUGGCACUAACAUCCACGGAAGUGUGGCCUUUCAAAUGGACGCUUCAUUGUUGAGUUUGAACGAUGUUGUGAUACUGCAGUACAAGUCUGAAUGUAUUUUGCAGAAAGCUGAAAGAAGAUAAAGAAGAGUUGGAAGAGCAACGGAGGCUUCGACAGCAAGAAGAGGAACGUUCACUUGUUACUGUAAGUUGCUUGAAAUCUCUGAUGUGGAGAGGUCGUCGUUUUAGAUAGAUUUGACAAAAGAAGUGACCACUGUAAGGAAGCAGUUUUCACCGAAGGUUCGACAGUACUGGUUAACAGUUUGAGGCGUUUAACCAGUAAAACGGAGUGACUUGGCAAACGACGCGAUAACAGUCAUAGUAGCGGAUGAGUGUAAAAGCGGAGGAAGUCUGGGUCGGGUCGUGUUCAUAACGCGACCCGACCCAAAUCUCUUUCGGCUUUUCACUCCUCCGCUUCUAUAGCGCUGUCUACUAUCGUGCUUCGUUUUACUAAGUGAACGCCUGGAACAGGCUCAGUAUUGGUUCACUAUAUCGUCCAUGCUUCUUUUAUUAUUUUUUUUCAAUUAACUGUUGGAGGAUGUGUAACUUAAAUUCCAGGGUCGGCGUGCCCGUCGCGAAAGACGUUCAUUGCGAGAAAGACAGAGGAGGAAAGCACAUGAUGUGGAACUGUCACCACCCAGGUACUGUAGGUAGAUGCACUGCUUUUGCACCAAUGCGCACAUUUAUUCGUGCGAGCACGUCUUCAUCCAGACCUUCAUCAUUCGUGCAUGUCCUCGUUCGUUUGUACCUUGAUGUGCUCAUGCACUUGCUUGGUUUUUUUCGUGCGUUCGCUCCUUCAUUCUUCCGGUGGUUUACUCGUGUGCUCGCUCCUUUUCCGUGCGUUCGUUGGUCCGCUUGUUUGUUCGCUCUUUCAUUCGUGCAUUCGUUAGCUAAUUCGUUGGUGCGUUUGUGAGCUCGUUCGUUUUUAUGUGCUUUUGUUCGUUCGUUGGUUCAUUCGUGCAAUCACUCGUUUUCUGUGUAUUCGUUCGUUCGUUGGUGCGCUCGUGCGCACGCUUUUUUAUUUUUCGUGCCGUUGUUCGGUCGCUCGCUUGCUUGGGGGUUAAAGGCCGCUUCUAGUGUUUUUUUUAAGGUGAUAUGAAUGAUUUAACCAUUUGUCACAGGCACUAUGUUUUUUACACUUCUUUUACAGUUAUGCCAGGAAAGCAAGCCCUACAUAUGAACCAUACAGAAGGUUAGUAAAAGUGAUCGACUAUUCCUUUUCUCUUUUGUUGAAAACCCUGGUAAAAACACAAAACAGAAAGAAAAACUUGCGAUGCACUUCCAUCGUCAAGUUAUGUAGUGUGACAGUUCUGAUUUUUUUGUUUGUUUGUAUUUUUUUACAUUCUAUUAAAAAAGUAGUGAAAGUAGUUGGACUUGUGAUAAGCGUUGAUCAAAGAAAAAACGUGGAGUGUACGUAAGCAAUUGAACCUCAGAUCGACAUAUUCCACGCUCCGAUGACCUACCAUUAAGCCACAAAAACUCUGCAGUGAGCCAGGCCAACAUUAGGUUCAUAAUUUGAGUUUAAGUGUAUACCAGUGAAAUCAAGCAAAUUUAUAAUGUAGUGUGGAAAGUAAUCUAGGACUGCUUUGGUUUUGCAUUGCUUCUUUCUGUGAUUGGUCCAGAAAACUCUAUCACAUUCUUAACCGAUUAGAUUCAAAACUGAAACCAAUCGCGACCUGGGAGUAACAGAAGGCUCCUACGAUGUAAGUUUGACUAUUGUUAACUCUUUUCUAUCUUUUUCACUUAGGUCUUCCUCUCGAUCAUCGUCCAGAUCGCCAUCACCAGAAAACGCCGGCAAAGUGGAAUUUAUCACAGAAUUCAGCCAUUCAUCGACCGAUCAGCCUUCCACGAAAGCGAGCGGUGAUUCACGAUCACGUUCAUCCUCCUCCCGGUCGGUUUGCCUUACUUUGUUAUCCGCUCGCUAGACCAAUGCUUCCAUCUUAGAUUGACUGUAAGAAAAUCGAACUGGUUCGUUCCUAGCUGGGUAUACUGUGCGUCAUUGCUGGGUAUACUAUUUGUCAUUGUUGGGUAUACUGUUCGUCAUUGCUGGGUUUACUGUUUAUCAUUGUUGGGUAUACUGUGGGUAUAUUUUUGUCCAUGGUCCACAAGUAAAGAAAUGAUCCUCGUGAGGUGAGCUGCGAUUUAAAGAAUUGCAAAGAAGAAACUGUUUUUAGGCUCCGACAGGAUUCGAACUCUUGCCUCUCUGAAACUUGUUAGGCGCUUCUACUAACUGAGCUUUGCAGCCACAUGUUGUGAGCGACGAAAAGUUUAUGUUGACAUCGCUAUUUUAAUUCUUCGCCCCAGUGAUUGAAGAAUAUGUAUGGUGUAGCAUGAAAAUUUUGCGAAUUUAGUACCGGGUUUGACAAAAUCGCCAUUGAAAUAAGAAUCUUGCAGUAUGAAACGCCGCAAAAAUUUACUGCCUCUGUUUUGAUAAAACUCUCCAUGGUAGUGGCUUGGGGUUUGGGGUAGGCUGCUUAUUUUUGCUUAGUUCCCGGCUAAAAUUUCGUUCAUCUCAAGCGGCAAAAAAUAAUAAUACUAAUAAAUCAGUGAUCCAUAGAAUGAUAUAUAUAUAUAUAUAUAUAUAUAUCAAUCAACAGGGUGCGAUCAUUUUUUUCUCUUACAAGAUUACCAUAGCAACACUAUAGCCUCUUAGUGGCACCCCUAAUUUUAACUUUGUAUGCUUGUUACUCGAAAGUGAGUUCGGUGACCCCGUUUUUUUUUUGCAAUUUGUGAACUGUUAAGAUUCAUCUUUUUGUAAUAUUUGUUUAAAGAUAUGUACAUGCGGUUCAGAGCUACCAAAAUGUUUUGACAGGUUCAGAAGGGUAUUAAUAAUAAUUAUUAUAAAUUAAUCAUUAUAAAAUGUUUUGACAGGUUCAGAGGGGUAUUAGGUAAAGGAGGGAAGAAGGAAAUAAAUAAAUCGGUUAUUGUUAAAAAGUCCUUUAUCUGCCUGUCAGUUCCACCGAGUUAGUUGAGAUGACACAUUCUAUGUGACUUUGUUUGGAAAAUCUAGGGGAAUUUUACAAGAUACAGGAACUUCUAAAAAAGGAUAAAACUAUUUCUGUUCAACUAUUCUCUUUUGGCUAAUUUUUUUUUCUUCUUCUUUCCUGCACCUGCCUUGUGCUUGUGGCUCCUCUGUGAUUGCUCAAUCCCUCGCCUUGUCAACACGUACUCUUCAAACACCAAAUUCGGUAUGUAAAAAUGUAAAUUUAUAACCGUCCGUUAAUUUUGCAACUAUUUCUUCAUGUUAUGCGAUUUCUUUUGUGUGCGUAAUUGUGCUGUGUUGUGAAAAUUAAAACCAUUAGUACUUCUGAACGAAAGAAAUCGAAGGAGCGUGACAGGUUGCAGUCACACAAGAAACAGAGAAGUAGAACACGCUCACGGUCACGCGACCGCGAUCGACGGCGUUAUCAUGGCAGAUCGCGAGACAGAUCCCGCGAGAAAAGUAGGUCACGCGAGAGAAGUCGCUCACGUGAUAGAAGCCGGUCACGUGACAGAGACCGUCACGGUACUCGUGGGCGUGAAAAGCAUAGACACCAGCAGAGUCGCAGUAGAAGCCGCAGUCAUGAACAUGACCGUGAUCGGCGAGAGCGUGACAAUGACCGUGACAACAAGGAACGAAAGAAGCAGCCGUCCAAGGGAUUGGGGUGAGUUUGUUUAGUGAUGCUUAAAUUUUGUUUCUACUAGCUGUCAAAAUUUCUCUGCUAGCUAAUAAUCGAAGAAUUUCAAUCGAGUAUAGAGAAUAAUCCUGGAUUACGUUGGAUUUUCUUACCUUCCUCUCUGAUUGGCCCUUGAAACUCCCGCCACUUUCUCAACCAAUCAAAUUCAAGACAAGUUCUCAUCAGCUCGUUGUCAUAUCUUCCUUCGUUCUGAUAGGCCGUCAGGGAAUGACUUUAGUUUUGGUUUUAUGAAAAGCACUCUAUAUAGAAAUGACAAAUCCAGGGAAAAGGAACAACGGCCGACUGAACCAGUUUGUCGAGUUUAUAUCUAUCUUUUUUCUCUUAAUUUAAAAAAAAAGGUCAAAAUUAAUUCGUUUAUUCAAGAAUCCGAUGCAGAUUGCAAAGACUUUGUUUGGCUUCAUCAGAAAGAAAACAACUAUACUUGACCUACUUAGAGAUAGGGACUCUAAGCUUUUUAAGAACGUAAUCAGUGAUGAUCAUAUACUUCAUGAUUUGCUACCUCCAAAGAGGAGACGUGUGCUCCGUGAGCACAAGCAUGACUUUAUAUUACCUAGAGUUAAAACCGAAUGCUUCAAGCAUUGUUUCCUUAAUAGAUGCCUCUUCAAUUAAAUUCACUGUAUAUAAGGAACUUCAUAAUGUUACAUAAUGUUACAAUGUUACAAUUUUUUGUAUAUUCUGAAUUGUACUUAUUAUUUUCUUAUUAACAUAUUGUGAAGUUACACGUUUGUUGUUUCUGAUUUAUUAAAGACAGAUUAUCAUUAUUAUAAUCGUCGUCAUGUUCUUGUCACACGUAGGUUGUUGAAAACCAAAGCAACACCUUCCUCAGGCAGCAAAGAAAAGGUAAACUGUAAAGUUGUCGACCUUUUUAUUUUCUAGAUCUGAACAACUUUUGUUCUUAUUGAGACCAUACGAUUCUUUCAUCGCUUGUAAGAAGAAUUUGUUUUGCUAUCGAGAAUUAACUAUUCGAUCUGCGAGUCAAAGGGCUUUCUUUCAGGUGUUUGAUUUUUGUUUCAUAAUCUUCGUUUGUUUGCAGUUAAGUGCCCAGGAAAAGAUGAAAAAACGAAUGCAAAUGAUGCUCAACAAGCAACGUAAGACUCUAAAUCGCCGCUGUUUGUGGUUUCUGCUUAUAAAAAUAAGUAUUUUUUAUUUGGCUUGUCGCAAUGAACAAUCUAUGCGAGAAAACGUGCAAACUAUUACAAGGCCGAUGAAAGGCGCAAUGAAUUUUUCAACUGGUGUAAAGCGCGGGAAAUAAUUUUAUCGCAAGGCGCAGGAAAUUUUGCACGGAUGCACCUUAUGCACCCUAUAUCACGUCAAUCAAAUUUUGUAACUGGUGGGAGGCGCGGGAAAUUGUUUAUUUGCAAAACGCGGGAAAAUUUUGUAACCGGUGCAAAGAGCGGAAAAUUGCGCGAUAACAAAGCGCGGGAAAGUUUGUAACUGGUGGGAAGCGCGGGAAAUUGCGUAUUUGCAAAAGCGAGGAAAAUUUUGUUACAAAGCGCGGGAAAUUAUGUAAUUGGAAAGCAGAGGGAAUUUAGUAACUGAUGAGAAGCACAGGAAAACUAUGCAAGUUGUUCCAAGCGGGAAAAAUAAAGCAAUUGUGUUAGAGCUUGAGGAAAUCCAGCUGUUUUAACGUCGUAAUUUACCAUUAGCAUAUGAGGUUUUGACCAAUCACAUCACUCCAGCUGGGUGUAAGACGAAAACAAAUUUGAAUUUUGAAAAUAUUUUAUUUGUUUUUGUUAUUGUAGUGAAAUCAGACAGAAAAGAAGAUAGACGAAAACGAGAAGUCAAAGAACAAGAAAGACGGGUAAAAAUCUGCUUUUGUUGUAUUAUCGCUUGUUAAAAGUAGUCGGACUUGUCACAGGAAAAAAUGCAGCCAAUCAUUUAUAUAUAUAUUCCUCCCGAAACUUGUUCAACAUUUUUUUAGAUAACAGUGAAAGAAAUGGAACAUCUUAUCCCUUCAAGGAUCUAUAAAAUGAGUUUGUGUUAGUUUUAAGUCAUUGCGGAAGUACUGCACCACAUUGCAAGGAAAGCUAAGCUUUGUAAGCUGUUAAUACCAGUCCUUGUAGCUCAGAGUACCUCUAUUCGAAAGGAAUGUGAGUUUUUUAAUUAGUUUUUUAGAAGGGAAGAUGUUUUUCGUCCUCCUACGAGCAUGGGACAAGGAAAAGAAUCUGAGUCCUCAAGAGGAAUCGAACUUCAGACCUUCAGAUUCCUAGCUCCAAUGCUCUACCACUGAGUUACCAGACUCUACGCUGAGCAAGGCCAGGGGUUCAUUUGUGACAUGCGUCCUGCAUACUGCGAGGAUCAGCUAUGUUCAAAGCGUCAUGCGCGUAAAUUGCAAAUUUUUCUGUUUAUGUUUUUUUCUUUCUUUUUCUGUUUUGUCCUAAGCUUGUGUCAAGACGAAAAGAAUCCCACUCUAAUUCAUUACUGAGUUAAAAAUUUACCCAUUCCUCAAAUACUAUUUUACACAUUGUUUGUUUGUUACCUUAUGUGGUGUGAAUCACGAGAAUUUCUGAUUAGUUCACGAAUGGCGCGCAGUAAUAAAAAAAGAAAACUUUUGAGGAUAGGAAUAAUUAGGAUUUAUGAUGACUGAAAUAACUUUUCUUUUCGUUUCAGGAACGCGAGGAUGACCUUCGCGAGAUGCAGCGGAAAUGGCGUGAACGGUAAGAGCACACGAUGUCAUUGAAAAAAAAACAUGGAUCCUGUUUUGACCUUUUCAAUCCGACCUAAUUUCAUCUGCCUUGGUUGUAAAGUAUUUAAAUGAUUCCGCACGCCGGAUUGUGUGAUAUGACUUGGACAAAAGAGAAGCUUGCUUAAUCUGUCGACUAGAACCAUUAUGUUGUUUAUGUUUUCGUGUUUUUGUUUGUUUCGCAGGGAUAGGGACAGAUAUGACACAAGUCGGUCGCCUUCCCCUAGAGGUAAAUAGAAUGUUAAAAUGUGUCGAGUAUGGCGAACAGUACUUCCUGAAAAUACUGUUCAGUAACUUCCAUUUUAAUGGCUCGCACUUGGGUUUCAUCUAAAAAUGAAAGUUUGAACCAACUUGUACAGCACAUUAAACAGAACCAUUUGAAAGUGCUUAGUAAUUUCUUUUUGAGUGGUGAUACAUGAGCCCUUCGCCCACGUUAUAAGAUUAUGUAAUUUACAACUGGAACCACAUCGCACAACUUAAUGAAUUGUAUCACAAUUUAUUGACUGACUUAACUGAAAAUAUUCAGUACACAGUGCAUUGCCUUGUGACUUCACUUCGUAUUCUAUUCACAGGAAGGCGAAGAAGUGUAUCUAGGUCUCCACCGCGGAGGUAAGACUUCUUUUUGUUUUAUAUUUUUUUCUUCUGAUUUCAAUUGAGUGUCGCAAAACCAAACCCAAACUAAUAGCAACGACCAAUUAAAACCAAGGCAAAUUACCUAAGGAAUUAAUGAGAAUCAAUCAACUUCAAACAACCAAUCCCCGCAAACCGCGGGAAAACGCGUGUUACAAAGUCGUAUUUGAUUUUGCCUUCUGUUCUGAUUGAUUGGGCAGAGUAAAGCCAAAACAAUUUCAGGUUAUGUUGAUCACCCAUUCGAAGAAUUUUUCUAUUAUCCAGCUCCUGGGUGGCGCUAUUUCUUUUUGCAGCUGAAAAUUAGCCACAAAGGGUGACUGUUUUCUCCUACUCUGUUAAUAAUAUUGACGUUCUGAUCAGUUUCCGGUAGAGAGUUGCUUUACUACGCUCUGUAAUUGGUCCAGAAAACUCGCGCGAACUUCUCAACCAAUCAGAUGCAAAACUAACACCAAUGGCGACUUGGCCAUUUGCGUUUUCCCACGCUUUCACCUGUUUUGACUUCGAUUUCCUGUUUUCUGAUUGGCUGUUGUGAUCAUAGUUUCCGUCUCUUAUGACCAGAUCCAAAAGUCCUCUGCCAUGAAAUAGACUUGUAUUUGGUAUCUGAUCUUUGCCACUCUUUGAACUUGUUUCAGAAGACACAGAAGUAGGUCCCGAUCACGAUCGCCAGUUGAACCCCAGACAAGUAAGUUUUAUGGAGAAAUGUGUCACCGUUCAUGAUUCUUGAAGAAUUGGGCCCCAUUAUUUUCAAGUUCGACAUCCAUCCUGUGUCAUCCUUGCUCGAUUAAGUUUGAUUAUUGUCUCUUUGGUGUUUUUCUAUCUUACCAAUUAAUUCUUUUGUGGUCAUUUACAAUCCGGUCCAAUCUCCUCCAUUUUUAGCCAUCCUUGUACCUUCUUGGUUUAUUAUUGCUUCUUCUGUGUUUUUCUAUCUUACCAAACUAGUAUUUUGUAGUCAUUAACAAUCCGGUCCAAUCUUCUCCAUUUUCAGCCAUCCUUGUACCUUCUUGGUGAAUCAUUGCUUCUCUUGUGUUUUUCUAUCUUACCAAACUUAUUCGUGCGUACAUAAUUUUUAUUUAGUAGUGGUUGACAAUCCUCGUUAAUCUUCUUCGCAUUUAACCAUUCCUGUUUCCUGCCUAAAGGUCACAUGUUGGCACGCAUGCAUCCUGCGGUGUGGACGAAAUAGAAUUUGUCUGCUCUAGAAAGACGUCUUAUGUCCGUCAGAUAUCGUUGAUCAAUUUGUUGUUUUUAGUCCCUGUUGUAGACAUCGAUGCACAUGCUUUGGGAGAAGAGGUUGUCGAGUACGUCUACCCUGUAAAAGACCCCAAAUGAUGCAUACCUCACCACUACUUUCUUGGAUUAACAAAACAGCCUCUUUGUCAUAAAGUGAAGUCAUUGGAAGCUGAGAUCUUAAGAAGAAAUUGAAGUCGAAUUCAGAGGAAAUUUCAGUGAACGAAGAUAUUGUCGGACACAUAGUAAUAUAACAUCAUCAGGGAUGUGGAAACCAAGUUUAAAAUAGCACAGAGCGUGAAAGUUUUGAAGUCGUCCAACUCUGUGAACUGGUUAGGUGUUAUAACUAAACUACGCAGCCAAUAUCCAUUUAGAGAGUGGUUAUUUAAUACCUUGAGAUUCCCGCUGGUCCUAAUUUGAGCCCGGAGAUCUGUGAACAUUAAGUGCGACAUCAUUGGAAAUGACCGUUUCCUUAAAUAUUUUUUUAUGCCUUUCUUUGAAUCAUCUUCUUUGUUAUCUUCUCAUACAUUUACCCUUUAAUCGAGAAUUCCAUUUCUUCCAGUGGGUGAAAGGAACGCUGUGCAAAAUGAGGAAAAGGCCUUUCUUUCAUUGUAGAAUUAACCUCAGUGCGAUGUUGCAUUGCUUUUCGGGG